ACUUUAACUGUGCAGUCUAAUGAAAUGGCCGACACGUCUCGCAGCAGAACUGCAGGAUGCUUCACCAGAUGAACAGACCGUCUCUUCAAUCUCCGCUCAAAAUCUUCUGUGUUUUGGUUCUCCAUCUUCUGUUAACACACUCAUGUAGAGGUCAGCCCCAGUUAAUUGGUUCAUCUCAGCCUAUCGUGGCAACAGUUGGUGAUGACGUCAUUUUGCCAUGUCAACUGAAACCUGCACAGGAUGUGUCUGUCCUGACAGUGGAGUGGACAAGAGCUGACCUGAACCCCAUAUUUGUCCAUGUGCAACGUGCUGGUCAGGAAACCACAAGUGCUAAACAUGAAUCCUAUCAGGGGCGAACAUCACUGCCCAUCGAUGGGCUGAAUCAAGGAAACAUUUCACUGAAACUCUCUAGAGUGAAACUUUCUGAUGGGGGGAACUACACAUGCUACAUUCCACACAUCAAUAAAGAAUCUUUUGUUGAGCUUGUUGUUGUAUCAGAUGUUAUCCCCUCGCCUGUCAUCAGUGUAGCAGGGCUGGACAGAGACAGAGGAGGAGCAGUGUUACAGUGUGAGUCUAAAGGCUGGUAUCCAGAGCCUGAGGUGUUCUGGUUGGACGGUGAGGGAAACCUCCUCUCUGCUGGACCUACAGAGACAGUCAAAGGUCCUGAUGGUCUCUAUACUGUCAGCAGCAGAGUGACUGUGGAGAAGAGACUCAGCAACAGCAUCACCUGUAGAGUCCAACAGAACAACAUCAACCAGAUCAGAGAGACAUACAUUAUUGUUGCAGAUGAUUUCUUAAAGGUCCAGUCCAGGUCAUCUCCUGUCAUCAUCGGUUUGGCUGUUAGUUUGGUUGUUUGCAUUGUUGCAGUUUUCUUUUUUGUGUGGAAAUGGAAACAAAACAUGAUCAACACCAAGAGCUGCUGGAAUACAACUGAAGGAGGAGUAAAUAAGAACCUUAGUGAUGAUGCUGAAGGGCAGCCUCUCAAUGUAGCAGGAACAAAUGAAGAGAUGCAAACAAGACCAGAGGCAAGCAACCUGGCUCGAAAAAACUCAACAGAGGUCUUUAUGAAGGUCGGCCAAAAUGGAAAAUAUCUCCGUCUCUCCAACAAGUCUAAAGAGGACCUGAAACUGGAAGGCUGGAAGUUACGAGUGAAGCUCAACGACCAAAACCCCAUCAUGUUCACAUUUGAGGAGUCAAUUAAACUCAAAGCUGAGGACAGAGUCUAUAUAUGGGCCUCAGGUUGUAUUCCCCCUUUUCCUGGGCCCUCUAACCUGACAUGGAAGGACCUGCAGCGUUGGGCCAAAGGAGACAAACUCCUCGUUGAGCUCAUCAAGUGUCAUGAAGAGAUCGUGAAAACCACUGAAAGAGAGGCAACAGUCUUUGUGGACUUCGACCCAGAUAGAAACUAUCUCCGUCUCUUCAACAAGUCUAAAGAGGACCUGAAACUGGAAGGAUGGAAGUUACGAGUGAAGCUCAACCAUGAAAACCCCAUCAUGUACACAUUUGAGAAGUCAAUCAAACUCAAAGCUGAGGAGAAUGUCUAUAUAUGGGCCUCAGGUUGUACUCCCCCUUUUCCUGGUCCCUUUCACCUGACAUGGAUGGACCUGAAUCGUUGGACCAAAGGAGACAAACUCCUCGUUGAGCUCAUCAACUGUGAUGAAGAGAUCGUGAAAACCAUUGAAACACAAGGGGCAAGCCAACAUAAUGACACCAACCCAGCUGGCAAAAACUCAACAGAGACACAAGGGGCAAGCCAACAUAAUGACACUAACCCAGCCAGUGAAAACUCAACAGAGGUCUUUGUGGAGGUCGACCCAGAUGGAAAAUAUCUCCGUCUCACCAACGAGUCUGAAGAGGACCUGAAACUGGAAGGCUGGAGGUUACGAGUGAAGGUCAACGACCAAAACCCCAUCAUGUACAUAUUUGAGAAGUCAAUUAUACUCAGAGCUGAGGAGAAUGUCUAUAUAUGGGUCCCAGGUUGUGUUACCCAUUCUUCUCCCUCUAACCUGAGAUGGAAGGACCUGAAGCGUUGGACCAAAGAAGACAAACUCCUUGUUGAGAUCAUCAACUGUGAUGGAGAGAUCAUGAAAACCACUGAAGUAUAAUAAUCA